AGCAUUCUAGAGCCUGUGUGCAAAGCUUUCAGACUCUGUAACUGCCCACAUCUUAAAAGAGGAGUAGUCUGUGAAGGAAGACUUGUAAUCUGAAGAAGAGGUGAGCAAAAAUUUCUGUAGUUCCUAUUGAUUCGCAACCUAAGCAAGGUGGCCAGGAUGUCUUAAACUGAAGUGUGGCUGACUUAUUCCCCUCUUGCUUCUGCUAAACCUGUCAUUUACUCCAUCCUCUAUAGGGAUGCUACAGGACAGAGAGGAAUGGAUAAAAACAUUGGUGAGCAACUCAAUAAAGCUUAUGAAGCCUUCCGACAGGCAUGUAUGGAUAGAGAUUCUGCAAUUAAAGAACUACAGCAAAAGCAGACUGAAAACUAUGAGCAGAGAAUACGUGAGCAACAGGAACAGCUGUCCCGUCAGCAAACUAUUAUUGACAAGCUAAAAUCACAGUUACUUCUUGUGAAUUCCAGUGAAGAUAACAGUUAUUGCUGUAUGCCCCUGCUUGAAGACAGUGAAGCAAGGAAGAAUAAUUUGACCCUUAAACAGCCACUUGAUAAAGUAAAAUCAGGAAUACCAAAAGAAAAAGAAUCAAAGGAAAGAAGACAAGAGGUUUCUUCUACUAGAAAAGAAACUUCACCAAGGAAUUUUGACAAUCCUUUAUUCCAUGAAAGGAGUUAUAUAGAGAAGACUUUCUGGGAUCUGAAAGAAGAAUUUCAUAGAAUAUGCAUGCUAGCAAAAGCUCAAAAAGACCACUUAAGCAAACUUAAUGUCCCAGCCACUGCAGCUGAAACACAGUGCUCGGUGCCUAUACAGUGUACGGAUAAAGCAGAUAAACAAGAAGCGCUGUUUGAGCCUCAGGCUAACGAUGAUAUAAAUAGAAGUGCAUCCUGCAUCACAUCUGUCACACCAAGAGGACUGGCCCAAGAUGAAGAAGACACCUCCUUUGAAUCACUUUCUAAAUUCAAUGUCAAAUUUCCACCUAUGGACAGUGACUCUGCUUUCUUGCAUAGCACUCCAGAAAGACCCAACAUCCUUGGUCCUGCCGCGUCUGAGGUUGUGUGCCAGGAUAAAUUCAAUAUCGAUAUCAGAGACAACCCAGGAAACUUUGCUAAAACAGAAGAAACUUUAUUUGAAAUUCAGAGAGUUGACCCCAUAGCUUCAGCUAUACAAAACCUUAAAACAACUGACAAUACAGAAUCCUCAAAUCUUGUAAACACUUGUAUCAGGACCACUCUGGAUAGAGCUCCGUGUUUGCCACCUGGAGACCAUAAUACAUUGUAUGUAAAUACAUUACCACUUGAGGACCUGUCUCAUACAUCUUUUCCUUCACUUGAUUCCCCGGGAAAAGCUAUCCGAGGACCACAGCAGCCUGUUUGGAAACCCUUUCCUAAACAAGACAGUGAUUUCUCAUCGGUACUAAGUCGCACAGGCUCAGAACUGCAUAUACCUCCAGUAUGUGAAUUCUGUCACGAAGUUCUCCCGCCAUCCAUUACUUCCAUGGGGGAUUUCCUCCGGCAUCUUAAUUCACACUUUAAGGAGGAGACUUAAGACGCCUUUGAAAACAGACUUAUCACUGUUCUAUGUGAUGAUUCGGGGUUUGUAAUACUGUAGAUACUUGAUUGCAAAGUUAGUUCAAGAUCAUUUAUUGAAAAAUCACAGAUAUUUGAAUUUUUUCUAAACUUAUAUUGUAACCCUCCUUUAUUGUCUUUUAAAAGAUCAAAUUGCAGUUGAUUGUGUUCAUGUUUACAGUGUUUGUUACCAUAAUUCAAAAUUAUGUAUGUGACUUUCAGAAUUGUAUGACCAUAAUUUAUGUAUGCUUCAACUAUCUAAGCUUAUUGCUUGGAAUCCUAGUUAUAUCUAUUGAAUUUGGUGAUGUCAAAUGUUUCAUUUGUUUUCAUUAAAAAUUUUAAAUUAUU